CGACCGCGUCGUGCACGGCGCAGCGCACAGCGCAGUAGCACACUUUCUUCGGGCGGCAGAAAGCGAGUGACGGGUAGUAGGCAAGCGAUAACUGAAGACUCUCUCCCUCGCCGCCGCAUCCCGAGGUCUCCGUAGUGUUCACCCGUGGCCGUUUAACAAUCCCCGGAACCGUCCUGUCGCGAAGCUCAUACUCCUCGUUUGCACCCGGGGCGGACUGCUCCUCUCGGCCAGAGCGGCACCAUCGUAGCUGGCAGCGGGAGCGGCGAGAGAAUAACGUUGAAAAAAAAGAAGAUGACGAUGAGCGCAACGGAUUCGGAGAAGAUAAAACUCGGUGGCUCUUCCGCCAUCCAUGUAGGUCCGAUCGUGACGAGUGGAUCCAACGAGACGAUCUCGAUCGUGAUUCCGCUGUCGGCUCAAGUCUCAACGUUGGCCAGCCAAGUGACAACGGACGAGGCGCGUGCUAGUGCCUGCAACGAUUGUGGCAAGGAUUUUCCGGCCACCGCAGCUGCCCCAGGACGAUCCCGACCAGCCGACAACUCGAAGGGAUGCCCUUUCCCCACAUGCAGUCGUUACGGCAGAGCCUUCUCCAGGGCACACGACCUCAAGCGCCACAUAGCUCGGCACGAGGCGAAGAAAGAGAGGCUUUCGGACACCGUCAACGUCCGCGUUCAUCGUUGUUCAACCUGCGGCGAACAUUUUCUCAGUGACGCUGUACUGCAGAAACACUCACAGAUCCACGACAGGACGAAUCAACGCGAGGAGGAAACACAGAAUUUUCUCUGUCAUAUUUGCAAAAAGAGAUAUGGCCACGAAAAGAAACUCAAGGUUCAUCUGGCAACGCAUGAUAAGAAAUCAAUUUCCACGAUGUGCGCACUAUGCGGCCUGAGGUUUGAAGACGACGGUGAAUUGCAGACGCAUAUGAAGGAGCACACAAGUUGCGGCCUCCUUGGGGCAGAGACUUCCUUACAAGGCAUCAGGUCCUUACCUCAGAUCGAGAAUACGGAGGAGGAAUUUUUCACAAAUGAGGAAAACCUCGACAAGGUUCCUGGGAAGAUGUUCGCGGCUUCGGAGCAGCCCACCGUCGCAGACGUUGACAAAAACGCGAAUAACAACGCGUCUGACAAAAUCCGUUGCGACUACUGCUGGAAGACGUUCAAGUCAAAAUGGACGCUGAACUCGCAUGUCGCUGCCCACGAGGGCAGAUUCCAAUUUGAUUGCGAUCAAUGCGGCAAAAGGUUCGUCCGGAAGAGUCACUUCGAGGGUCACAGACGGUCACACGAAGCCGCACGACCGUACGCCUGCGAGAUAUGCGGAAGCACCUUCAAGCAGGCGAAGCACCGCAGGGAGCACAUCAAGAGGAAGCAUCCUGGGACUCGGAAUGCCGUCCAAAAUCUCUUGGAUAGCAUCAGCGCUUGCGUUUCCGAGGAGUCCUCGAUCGACCAACCCAAGUUCACUCUUCUCGUUCCUGUCGAGUUCAAUCCAUGAGUCCUGCAGUCUCGUUACACCUUGCGUUUGCCGAAAGAUUGCCGUACAGUGUAGAGAAAUACUUAUGUCAACACUAAUUGUUGAUGUCAUUGUUCAGACUUCGGUACGUGGUGAUGCGGUACCAUUAAUUUUUUGUUAAUAGGACGAUGAACAGUAUAUACUGGUUCAAAUGCGGAAAGUAGGCAAUUUUCGGUGAGUUUGAAGUUUGCAGCGUGAGCCAAGGUGAGCGCUGCAGCAAUCACACUAGUCAAAUAUCGUCUACCCACACACGCUAUUUUCUGCAAUUUUCGUGAAGGAAAGUUACAUUUGCGAAGCGGUAGAGGCGUAACUCACAGCGCGUAAAGUAAAAUUGAGGUUAAGUAACUUACGCUCAAGACACAUUCGUAAAUGCGCAAAAACUGCUCCGCCAGAACUAUUUUUCCGCAUUGUUCGAGAAUGGGGCACUUUACGCACGCUCUACAGGCUUCGAAAAUUGAACUUUCUAAUCAGGUUUUGAAGUAAUAUUAAUAAGUACAAAACAGUAUCUGGACAAGUUGUAAUACCUUUUUUUUUUCACCUCCGUGGUCACGAUUUUGUAAAUCGUCCUCGUCAUAACUAGAUAUGGUAGAUGUUAUAGUAAAUAAUAAUUUCAAUACACUCAUUGCAGUACCUAUCUACACAGUAAUUCAAUGUUGUUUCUGUCCACUUUAACCGAUUACUUCCCGACGCCAUUACUUUACUUUAUGCAUAACAAUACAUAUUGGAAAAAAUAUUUAAAACGAACUGACGUGCCUUUAGGAUUUUUUUUAAUCAAUGGCUUUCACUUCGGUGUAGUUGCACAUUCUUUCGAUGAACGAUCACCUUACAGAUCUUGCCUGUUAUUGUUGUUAGUCAACAAAGUAUGGAGAAAUCCAAGAAAUAAAAUCAUAUGCUAGUUUGAUCUAAAGUUAUCUACUCAACAAUUAUUUUCAACAAAGGAAAUUUCAAUGAACAAGAGUAUCAUAUUUUACUAUUUAAAAUAACAAUGGAAUAUUAUAAACCUAUGAAACUGUAAUCGAAAAAUGCCUUUAGGACACGCUAGUUCUUUAUAAUAUAUCACGUGUCAAGAUUUUGUACAUAACCAUACUGCAGAAAAUUUCUAACGACAGAAGAAUGUAUGAUCAAUGCUGUUGUUGUUAUAAGUCAGUUAUUUUCACAGUGUAGAAAAUGUAUUAUGGGUGCAAUUUAUACCCAUGUAAACCAAAAACGUCGUUUAUUGUAGAAUUACUUAAAUACAGUAAUUAAAAAGAUC